AUGGGAUUCUUAAAAAGUGCAGUAUUAGCUACGGUUUCGAUUUUUGCUGGGUUAUGUGGCAUUAACAAGGUUUUUUGUCUGCCAGAGCCUUUCCGAUACUAUUUCCGCUACUUUGCAUGUUUCACUUUUCUAGCAAUUAGUGCUGCUUAUGGUGUUGUUGCUUCUGCCAUAUGCCGUUUAUGUGGACAUCCAGUUUUAGGACAAUAUCUCACUGCGAAAGCCUACUAUCGCAUGACGAGCCCAGUAUUAGACGUCCGUUUCCGAGUUGAAAACGAUGAAAUCUUAAAAAAAAACAGGCCGGCUGUCCUAGUGGUCAAUCAUCAAUCUGAACUAGACAUUUUGCUUGCAGGAAGCGUUUUCCAUCCCAAUUUCUCAAUUAUUUCAAAAAAGUCCUUAAAGUACAUUCCUUUACUAGGAUGGUUCAUGCUACUUUCAGAUGCCGUCUUUGUCGACCGAGCUAGACGUGAAGAUGCCAUUGCUCUUUUCGCAAAAGCUGCUCAACGUAUGAAAAAAGAGAAUCUUGACAUUUGGGUUUUUGCUGAAGGAACUCGUACUUAUGCAGAAAAGCCAUUACUCUUACCGCUUAAAAAGGGUGCUUUCCAUCUGGCUGUUCAAGCUCAAGCUCCGAUUAUUCCUAUAGCUGUUCAGAACUACUCCCACAUAUUCCAUCCUCCCACUAAGGUGUUUAGUAGAGGUGAAGCACUUGCGAAGGUUUUAGAUCCCAUAUCUACAGUUGGCAAAACAGCUGCAGAUGUGAAUUCUUUGUUGCGUGAAACACAAGAAAAAAUGGAAGCUGCUAUGAUUGAAAUUGAUGGUUUUGGAAAAGAAGAUACAAAAACCAAGUAA